CAUUGUAUUUGUCUGAUGCCAAUUCUUUAUUUAUCAGAAAUUGAUCAGACCAAGGAGAAACUGAUGAGUGUAUUGGAAGAUAGGAGACUCAGCUUUCUAUACCCAAUGUUGAUGGUCCAGCAGAAGAUGAGCAGAGCAAUUGAGACUGAUCCUAACCCAACAUCCAUCUAUAAGUGGAUCAAGGACAAUGUGAACAGCAAGAUGCACACAACCCCAGUGUUCAUAAACGUUCUAACAACCAGUUUACUUAAGUACAUCACGUCGCUAACAACGCUAGGAGAUGGAGUUGAUCCCCAGCAACCUCCGGAGAAAACAACGCAGGAGCAAGAGAAGGAACUUGUGGACAGGCUAAAGCCUGUGCUUCAACUGAUGAUACAUGAUUACCCGAACUUACAGCUGGUGGCACUGUAUGCACUACAAGUUCACUGCUACCAGAACCAAUUCCCGAAAGGAAUGCUGCUACGCAUGUUCAUGUACUUCUAUGACAUGGAAAUCGUAGAGGAAGAGGUGUUCCUACGAUGGAAGGAGGACAUCACUGAUGUCUAUCCAGGAAAAGGAAAAGGACUAUUCCAGGUUAAUCAGUGGCUGACAUGGUUGGAGGAAGCUGAAGAAGAAGAAGAGGAUGAGGGAAGUGACCCUGAGUGAGGCGGCUGUAGCGUUGCUAUGAUACCGUUUGAAAGAGUCACAAGCAGCUGGCAGUUUUGAUGGUUAGGUAAAAAAUAACAUGCCAGUUGGCAUUGAAAAAAUAGCUAAUGAAAUUUUGUUAAAAGAAAUCAGUUUGGCCUCUGGUGAUACUCACUGAUUUUGAUUAUUGUGUUAAGUUGAUUUUUUUGUUAAAGUUGAUGAAAUAAUUUUAAAAAGUGAGCAUCACCAGGUAUUAAACUGCAGUGAUUAUAGUGGUUAUUGAUAAAAGCUUAUAUGUGUGCAAGGAAGCAAAUGUGGGUAUGUGAAUGUAUCUAUUAAAUAGUGGUUUUGUUUUAAAAAUAAUCUCAUGAUCAUGUUGUGAUGCAGAUUUUAAUAAAUUAUCAAAAGCACGCACUCUGUUUGAAACAGCACCUGUAAUCAUGUUGAUACAUGUAUAGUUCUAGUGAAUGUUAAUCAGACAAUGGCAUGCAAAAACCUCAGGUUUCACAGAUCCGGACAAAUUGUUUUAUUCUCAAUAUCAUGGUUUAAUCAUUGCCGAUCUCUACUUCCCUCGAAUGACCUCUUUAAUUCUGAAUAUGGGAUAACCGUUUGUUUGGCAGAUAUAUGAAGCCUUUUUCUUCUGUGAAUAGUCUGUUAAUUUCAUUGAUUUCUUAUUACUAGAAGGAGGAUGGUAUUUCUCAAUUAGCGACACAAUGAAGCUUUUGUAGAUAGGUGUGUGUGAGAGGGAAGACUAAUGCAUGAUGUAGUGUUAGCAUCUGAUGUUAAGCAUAGCUAAUAACAACACGUACUAUUGGCAUUGUCUUCAACUAUCAGUAUUGUGGCCCUCUGGAAAUUAUUGAUUAGGUUGGCAGGCCGUGGUUUUCUGCUGGCAUGCGUAAACGUAACAUAUCUGUGUAGGGAGGGAUAGCCUGCAGUCGCUGCCGAUAUUGUCUAACCUGUCUGUGCUACACAGUUGUCUCACAAUCUCCACAUCAACUCAUUCUUGUGUCCAAUACGAUAUGCUGCGUUCAUUCUGUGGGAACAGAAUUGACCAAACUGUAGCUAUCGGUUUCUCAUAACUAGGUUUAUAAUGACCAAUGUUAAUGUCAGCUAACAUCAGGUACUUGUAGCAUUUGCGUUUUUUUACCCAACUUGCCUUUGUAAUAUUUAAGGGAAUAGCAGCUUCAGACUCAGUACUUGCAAUAUGUAUCGUGUUUUUAUCAUGUGCACGCUGGGUCUUCAAUUCUCAUGUGUUUGUAUGCUGUGUCUAACAAAUGGUAUCAGUCUAAAGUCACUAAAAUUCAAUCAAAGCUUCACUAUAGGAACUCAAUCUUGAUGUUUAGUAAGUACCAGCUAUUGAUUAGUAGUGACAAUCGUAAGCAUGCGGCCUCCUUCACAUGUAAUCUUUCAGGUGCAGUAUCAGAGGUUCGAGUUAAUUUAGUACAUUUCUGCAUGUCAAAAUUUUUAUUGAACAAUAUAAUCAAACCCUGCAGAAGAAAAUGAAGUCAAAAUUUGUUGGUUGUCCUUACAUAGAGUGACAGUAGUGGUGUGUGUUUGUUUUUGUGUGUGCGUGCACAUGCGUAUCUGUGUAGAGGUUUGUUAAAUUAGUGUAAGACAUAUAUAUUUAGUCUAAUCUUGUAAGAAGUAUUGCACAAUUUCUAGUGUUUGCACUUUGCCCACGUAUUCUUUCUGUAUUUGUGUGGGUGAUUGCUUAGCUCCUUAUUUACAAAACGUGUGGAUGGAAUGUACAUCUUUUUAUACUGUUGUUUGUUCAAGAUACGUUUCAGUGUCACAUGGUGAAUAAUUGCUACUCAUAAUUGCUUGAAUUUGGAUCCACCUAUGGGAAGCACUAGUGAUUAUUGGACAGAACUCGUAUAUUUGGUGUAUAUUCUGUUUACAUGUUUGAUGUGUUUGUGUGCUUGUUGUUGUGCAAUUUUUGCUCAACUGGCUUAAUUUGGCUGUUAAUAAAGUAAAUGUAGGACAAUGGUUUUUAAUGAGAAAACUAUACUUGUUUCGAAUGACUAUCUAAUCUAAAUACAUUGGUCGUUUUUUUUCUUUCAGUGGGAAUUGCAGCAACAAAUUAAUUUGUAUAGUGGGACCCCAAGUAAUUUUUCUCAGUUAGUUUUACAGUUUGUGCGAGCUAAAUAGGAUAUCUGUGUUACGGACAAUUAUGUUAGUUAAUCUAAACUCGUGUCGUGCAGUGCAAGGCAUGAAGCGUGAAAGUGUUGCCUAUAAAUUAUUAUAUUUGACGUCUUGAACAUGGGUAACAAAAGGACCAGUCACAUGGGUUUUAGACCUAUUUUCCUCAAUCAAAGUUGAUAUUUACUGAGUGAAAACAUUGCUGAAACUUGUUUCUAAACCAGUAUCAUUCAUGAUUGUGAAAUUAUUAACGUGAGAUUUUCCCAUUCGUAAGGGCUCUGUAUUCCAAAGGCAGCCAGUAAUAAAGGGAAUUGGUCGUGAUCUGGUUUGAGAUAUUGAUUCAGUUUUAGCAACAAAUGUUCUAAAAAAAAAAUAUUUUAAGUAGCCCAAUAAUUUAUAUACAAGCCAGUUUUUGUUAACACAUAUUUUGGUGUCUUCUAGAAUUGUGUUACAAGAUAUAAAUAUAUUACGUGUAGGCAGACGUCUUUAAUACCGUAUGUUGGUUUCUUGAAGUGUUAUCAUUGAUUUAGUUGCUGCAUUUGUUCAUGUGUUGAAGGUGGACAUUGGUAUCUAAUCAUAUGACAUGUUACGCACUAGCUUUAGACAGCACUGUGGAAAUGCGGCUGCAUAUGACCACCAAUUAGCGUAUUCCACAAUGCCUCGGUCUUGUGUAGGUUUGGGCAAGAUGUAGAAUGUCACUAUGCACAGAACAAAUUGCGCAGUUAUCUUAUAAAUAUAAGGUUACAGGUGUUGUGCUUGCUAAUAAACUCCACGAUGUACUAGUAGCUGUUUUUAAUUUUACCAUGAAUCUUUUUUAAAUAACAUUUCCACUUUCAUGUAGCAUAA